AUUCAUUUUAGAUUUUAGUAAAAACCAGAGCUAAUGUGUUUUAUUUUUCUACUCCAAGAGCAAGACGUGAUCAGGGCUGACAGCUGAUGUCAGAUGAAAGUGGUUAUUGAUUAUUGAUCAUCAUCGACGAUUGUUUGUUGGCAGGAAGGUCAGGCUAGGAGACGACUCAGCUUUGUCUGUUACCAUGGCAAUAACAGGAGUGAUUUAUGCUCUUAUUAUUGGGCUUUAUCAAUUUGAUAAUUAUUCAUUCACAGAUUCACUUUGUUCAUGGCCCUUUCCUUGUCUCCAUCCUGUCCCCCCUCUCUCCAGCUCAUCCCCCUUCGUCCUCGCUGCUUCUGUUCCUCUCUCUCGUUCCAUCGUCUUUUGCCUCCUCUGCCUCCAUCCGUAUUUAUCUCUCUUUCAGGUCAAUGGGAGCCAGUAACAGCAAAGCCUUCCUCGUUUUCUCCUUUACUUUGAUCUCCCUCUUUUUCCUCUAUCAUGCUCUCCUCACCUCCGUAUGUUAAAAAACAGUCGUCUUAUUUUAGCAACCCAGCCUUCCUCCUCCUCUUCUUCCUCCUCUUCCUUCUCUCUUGCCCUCCUCUCUUCUGAGUUUUGACUCCCUCUCUUUUUACAAACACACACACUGAAAAAUGAAGCGUGGGUCGAGUGUGUUGCAGCCUCCCUCUGAUGCAGCCAAACGACACACACACCCUGCAAACUCUCACUCACCAACACACACCAGUGAUGACGCCUGCUCGCUGAGUGUGUCUGACACACAUGCCACAGGUUCGAGUCCCUUCCCAGCAGCCACCUGUCUGUUCAGCCCUGAUGUCAGCAUCAAGAUGGCAUCCGACCUCCUCAUCAAACUGUCAGAGGCCACCCAGAAAACUCAGGUGCUUCUUGGGAGCAGAGUGGAGGCAAAGCCUCAGCGGCAUGAAGUGCGUGGGGGGCAGCAGGAUGAGCCCGGCCUCGCUCUCUCACCGGACGGCCCCGGGGCAAGUCCUGAACCACCAUCCCUCACGCACACACCUGAUGGCAAUGCCACCACAGAAACACUAGCUUCAGACCUGCUGAGGAAACUGGCAGAGCGUCAGGAGGUGAACUGCCACGGGGUGAGGGUCAAAGAAGAAGAGGAGCCCAUGGAAGUCGACACCAUGGUCCGUGAUCGACCUGUCACAAGAGAGAUGACUGCAUCUAUGCCAAAGAUGACGAGCCACCAUGUCUUCACCAUUAAAGACCAGGGUCUCAGUGGCAACAACAUGGCUGAGCAGGUGCACCCUGGAGCCAAAAUGGCAGACCAGUGUCUCCUUGGCCUUAAAGUAGAAGAAAAGGCCUUAGCUGGCGGCUGCCAGCCUGGCUUUAAGACAGCAGAUAGUGUCAUGUCUGGAGCCAACAAGUUUCAGUUCAGUGUGAAAAUGGAGGAUCGUGGCAUGUCUGGGACCAAGAUGGCAGACCAGCUUCUACUGAAAGCAGCGAUUGCAGAGCGGCCUCUCUCCAGAACAAAGAUAAGCAACAAGUUUUUUUUGGGAGCAAAGAUGGAGGACCGACUUCUUCCUGGAGCCCAGAUGGUAGAUCAGGUUUUUUCCAGAACAAAGACAGAGGAGCAGCUUUUCUUUGGAGCCAAAAUGGAAGACCAGAUCACCUCUGGAGCCAAGAUGGCGGACCAGUGCCUCAGAGCCGUGCUGUGGCAGGACAUGUCGGUGAACCUGGCAUCCACACUGCUGCACCAGCUCUCAGAGAGGGUCAGUAAAUCCAACAGUCAGCUGGUGGACAGGACGACUCCACCAAUCAGAAGCAGUCCUGUUUUGAAGGUGAAUGUGGACCCGCUCCGUUCCUCUCCUCUCGUGAGCUCCCAGGAACCUCCACAUGAAACCCAAACCAGCCUCAGCAGAGAUCAAACCACAGGUUGCUCUUACUUCUACAGGUGUCACGUCUGUGGGUUUGAGACAGAUGGGCGUGCCCUUUUCCAGAGUCACAUGACAGAGCACCGCCAAUGGGAGCACGGCUCCUUUUCGCUGCACUGCUGCAUGUGCGACCACUCAACCAAUCAGGAGGCAGAGAUGAGGGUUCACGCCGACACACACAUACAGGGCGACACAGGAGCUGGUGAAGACAUGAGAUGCCCCGUCAACCUUCCUGCUGCCACUGCAGCCUCCAGCAGCGCUCUGGCAGUUGCCAUGGCAACCCAGCAGGAGAAGAGCACCUCUGAGCAUCGCUGUCGCAUCUGCCAGAGGUCGUUUCCAGGACAACAGGAGCUGCUGGUUCACUUCCAGGGUCAUCGCCAAGGCAACCAGUACCGGUGCGACCGGUGCGGCCACCUUACGAGGACAGCCAACAAGCUGGUGGAGCAUGUGCGCGUGCACACGGGGGAGCGGCCGUUCACCUGCGACCUCUGCCCCUAUAGUGCCAAGCGACGGGACAGUUUGCGCCUGCACUGCAAGGUCAAGCACGCAGCGCACGUUAACAAGAACACGGCAGACAUGCCUGGUGAUGUGCACACACACCGAUCGUAUGUGCACGUAGACAAUAACCGUUCAAACAAACAUGUUCAGCGGCUGCACACAACGCCCAGCAAACACGUGGCUGCACCGUCCUCUCUUCCUCCUCUUCAUCCCUCGCUCUCUGACCGGGCAGGGUGGAGGGAUUUGUCUCCUCUCCUCCCCAUCACCACCCUCAUCUCUCUGAAACCACGCUCUCCUCCAUCCUCCACCUCCUCCUCCUGCUCGUCUUCCUCCACCAAACUCUCCUUCCUCACUUACCUUGGGCUGACCACGUCUUUUUCCUCUUCUAUCCAUCCUCUGGACUUUUAG